AUGGUAAUGGGCAUGCACAUAGCCAGGCUUGUGCGCAUGCCAGUUCCAUCGUUAUUCUAUGCAUUUGUUGUUGUUUUAUCAUCGUGGUUGAUGGUCGUCCCCUCGGCCGGUGACCAGAAUGAGAUUGAGAGCCUGUUGAUGUUAAAGAACACGUUAUCGAAUCCUUCAGCUCUUUACAAUUGGAAUGCUUCGGCUCCUCCAUGUACAGGAGAAAGAUCAAACUGGGCUGGUAUUAUUUGCAACGAGCAAGGUAAAGUAAAGGGUUUACAACUUGAGAGCAUGGGUCUAUCAGGGGUGGUGAAUGUUGAAAGUCUUCAUGAGUUGCAGGAUUUGCGCCUUCUAAAUCUUAUGAAAAAUAAAUUUGAAGGCAGAAUCCCUGAUAUUAAGAAGAUGAAUAGAUUGCAAACUUUAUUCUUAUCGAAUAAUCAUUUCUCUGGGGAGAUUCCCGAUGAUACGUUUGCACAGAUGACUUGGUUGAGGAAAGUGUUUUUGGGUAAUAAUAUUUUUAGCGGUAAUAUUCCUUCAUCGCUGGCUAAGUUGCCUCAUCUUUCGAUCCUGAGAAUGGAGGGGAACGAGUUUAGUGGUCCGGUGCCUGAGUUUACUGGGGACUCUUUGAAUGUGGUGAACUUGGCUAACAAUCAAUUUGAGGGUCCAAUUCCUAAAAGCUUAAGCAAAAUGCCUGCAACUAUGUUCUCAGGGAACAGAAAUCUCUGCGGACCACCUCUCAUGGAAUGCGGCACUGGCAGACGUCCGCUGCGUCCUCCACCGAGCCCUCCGCCAGAAUCAAUAAUGAACUCUUCAACUGGUCUAAUCAUUUCCCUCGUUAUGGUAUCUAUAGCUUUAGUAGUGGCUAUUCUAUUACUUAUUUGCUUUCUCCAACGGCGGAAACCACCUCAAACAACGGGGGAGGAGCCAUUCGUCGGCCAGUCGUAUAAGCCACCGCCACCUCCUAUCGAAGUGAGAAAGAAAGCUCCAGUACUUCCCAAUCCAGUUCACCAUGUGAAAAGGUCUGAAUUGAUAUUCUUCGGAAAGGAAGUCCAAAGGUUCGAUUUGCAAGAUCUGUUGAGAGCCUCCGCUGAGGUUCUGGGUAGUGGAAAUUUCGGAGCUUCAUACAAGACCAGCAUAGGGCCGGACGAAACGGUGGUGGUGAAGAACUAUAAGCAAAUGAAUCACGUGGGGAAGGACGAAUUUCACAAGCACAUGAGACGAUUAGGAAAGUUGAACCAUCGGAACUUACUACCAUUAUUGGCUUACUACUAUAAGAAAGAGGAAAAGCUAUUGGUUACUAACUUCAUAGUUGACGGUAGCUUGGCUUGUCACCUUCAUGGCAACCAUUCCAGUACCAAACCGGGUCUUUAUUGGCAAACCCGGUUGAAUAUCAUGAAAGGAGUUAUCAAGGGUUUGGAUUAUCUCUACAACGAGCUGCCAACCCAAGUUGUUCCGCAUGGGCAUUUGAAAUCUUCUAACGUGCUUUUGGACAAGAACUACGAGCCACUCUUGUGUGACUAUGCUUUGAGAUCGUUGAUAAACCAUGAGCAAGCUCACACGCAGAUGACGGCUUACAAAGCACCGGAGUACGCUAAGACCGGCAAGAUUAAUAGGAAAACCGACGUGUGGUGCCUUGGUAUACUCAUCUUGGAGAUCUUAACGGGCAGGAUUCCGGAGAACUACCUAACGACGGGCUACAAUAGCUCCAUGAGUUUAGCCACGUGGGUGAACAAGAUGGUUAAGGAGAAGAAGACCAGUGAGGUGUUCGACAAGGAGAUGAAAGGAGCGAAGAACAGUUGCGGCGAGUUGAUAAGCGUGAUGAAGAUCGGGUUGAGUUGUUGCAAAGAGGAUCCAGAGGCGAGACCGGAGUUGAACGAAGUAUUGAAAAGGAUUGAAGAGUUGAAUGAGGGGGACGACGACGACGACUCGUCUUCAACCAUAGGCGAAGUGAACGCAGUUAUCUAUGGUCAAAUGAAGGGUGAUUCUUCGUCGUUUGAUCGUUGAGCAAUAGAGAGAUCCAAGGGAGUUAAACAAUAUGUGAAUGUAACGAAUCCCGAAUGUCCUGGCUAUAUCU